AAGUUAAUGACAUUCUAAUCACCUUGAUCAUAGCUCUCUUGAACCAACUCGCUAUCACAUAGGUAGUCAAGAUCCAUCCUUUCUUCCUUGAUUGCUCUGUAAAGUAAACUUAGAAUUCCAAAACUAGAAUGAAGGACUAGCUCAUUCCCCUCACUAGGAGAAUCACCAUGAAAGGGUACAUGAUUCUUAUCAAAAUUACUAAUAGAUUCGGUUAGCACAGAAGUCUUCUCAUUAAAUAAAAGUAAAUACACACCUUUGCCUUCUGCAUAACACUUCUCUACCAUCUUACUGGCAAAAAAAUUCUUGCCAAUCUUGCCUCGCUUUUGAUUUCUCUUUGAAACCUUCUUUUCAACUUUAGAAGUUGAAUAUUCAGCUUAUUUGGAACCUGUUCGCUUCUUUUCUCUUUCUUUAUACAUUUGUAGAUUACAUUCUUGAAUUUGUAAAAGAGAAAGAGGUGAUAAAGUAUAACGCUUGCUAUCUAUUACAAAGGAAUACUUAUUCGUAAAUCCAUCAUGCUUGGCUUUGCGAUCAUACUCCCAUGGUCGUCCCAACAAUAAAUGACUUGCUUCCAUUGGCACCACAUCACACAUAACUUCAUCUUCAUAUUUUCCAAUUGUAAAUGGAAUACUCACUUGUCUAGUGACUUUCAGAUCACUACAAUUACGUAACCAUUGCAAUUGAUAUGGUGUAGGAUGUUUAAUCGUAGGCAACUUCAAGUUUUCAACAAGAUAGGAACUAGCAUUAGUACACGAUCCAGGAUCAAUGAUAAUUAAGCAUACCUUGUCCUUUACGCGACACUUCAUAUGAAAUAUAUUGUUCCUUUGUUAUAACUCCUCUGCAACUUGAGUUGACAAUGCUCGAAAAUUAACAAACACAUGUCCAUCUUUGGCCCUUAUCUCUACCUCAUCAUCUUCUUCUUCAUCAAACACAAGUUGACGCAUUCUCUCCUCCUCUUCCUCCUCAGUCUCAUGAUCUUCGACUUCUUCAUCUUUAAUCAUCAUUGCCUUUACUCCAAGGCAAUCUCGAGAAUAAUUUCCUUUUACUCCACAUUUGAAGCUAAUAGUAGGGGACUUACUUGUACUACUUGAAGCCUUGUAAUCUCCAGAAGGUUUAGAAACAGAGUUAGUACUAGAAGAUGUUUUGGGUAUAAAAGAGUUACCUCCUUUCUUGGUCUUUGUAGGUGUGGACAUCUUCUUUACAUCUUCCUUCUUCUACACAGUUGAACAUGUUGAGGUACUCUUCUUUGACAAUUGUCUCUCCACUAUUCUCGCCUUAUGUUACAUCUCAGUGAUAUCAAGAUAGUGUGACAACUCAACUACAUCAACAAUAUUUCGAUUGAGACCUCCAAGAAAUCUAGCCAUGGUGGCUUCAGGAUCUUCUCUAACGUUUGCACGUGCCAAUGCGGUCUCUAAUGCUUGAUAGUACUCAUCUACGGUCUUGUUCCCUUGCGUAAAUACUUGAAUCUGUUUACACAAUUCACGAUAAUAAUCAUAAGAAGGUACGAACCUUUUCCACAUGAGUCUUUUCAUCUCGUCCCAUAUAGUAAUAGGGUCUUCAUCAUAUAACUUUCUAUCUUUCACAACCUUAUCCCACCAUUCGGAGGCAUAGUUGUAAAACUCAGAAGCAGCAACAUGGAUCUUCUUUGAAUCAUCAUAGUUUUGCAAAUGAAAAUGCUCGUUCGAUCCUUUUCUCCCAUGCAAGAUACGCCUCAGGGUCAUUAGUACCUUGAAACUCAGGUAUCUUGAUCUUCAUGUUUCCAAAAUCAUGUGGAUUAUUAGGGUUUCCACCUCUCGCUCGUUGAUGGAUUUUAUUCUCGUCACGUCCUUCUUCAUGAUUGCGGUUUCUUCUUUCAGGCGUCCGUAUUUCAGUUUUUAACUCCUUCAUUUGAAAGGACAUCUCUUUAACCUUCUCCAUUAGAGUAAUGACAGCCUCUCGCAUAGCUUUUUCUGCGGGUGUCUCUUCUAACUCUUCAUUGUCUUGCUCGAACGUUUGAGACAUCUUGCAAAAAUUUAUUAGAACAAAUUCCUACCUCACUUCCCCUAACACAAUAUUCCCCCCAAUAGAUGACACUCACCAACUAUUUCUACUCUCUCAAUUUCUGGGCGUUAUGGCUUUUCCCCAAAGUAAUAUAGUAUACAGUCUAGCCUUUUUCCUCUCAAUCUUUUGUAGUUCAAGUUCCGGCUCAAGCGCAAUCGUUCAAGGUCACACACAAUGAGCAAAAGAGAAUCAACUUAACUUGCAAACCCACUUGAAGAGCAAUUUUAUAGCACGGAUAAUAAUUUAGCACGUAAGAUAGACAAAUCCAAGAGAGUCAUUACAAGAAAAUGGUCGAAAACCCACGGAUUUUUUUGGCCGUGGGUAUUCUGUGGGUAUUUACCCUACCCAUAGAAUACCCAGGUUGUUUUGUUGGUUGUUUUGUUGUUUUGUUGGUUGGUUGAUGAAGUUUAUUGGUUUAGUCUGUGGGGUUCUUCUGCCAUAUAAAUUGUGCAAUUACAGUUGAUGAAGUUCUGUUAUUUUUGCUAAAUUUGGACCACUCAUUGGUUUAGUCUGUGGGGUUCUUGUUCUGAAUUUGUUCUCUUCUUUUUUUUUCACGAUAGUAGUGUCAGGCCAGAAAUACUAAUAAGAACUCUUGGCGGAGAGAAAAGUAUCUUGUUGUUGUUGUUAGGUUUAUUAGAACUCUUGUUUUGUGCAAUGUAAGUUGUAAAUCUUACCAGAUCAAGAUAUUCACUACUUAUACUUUGGAUACUAUUUUUCCAAGAUUUUGUUUCUGUUUUUGUAGUAAUAAGAUUGAUUUUGAAGAGGGUACUUUUUUAUGGUGGUGAUAUAUACGCUUUUUUUCUUCUCUUCUCUUUCUUUAUAACAUCUGUUCCUUACAAUGUUACAAAAGUAGGGCAAUGUGGUUUCUGGAAGAAAUUUCUCAAGAAUACUAGAAGUGGUUUUGCAUAGUAAGCUCCUUAGAUUGACAUUUGUUUGGUAGCAGAUUCUUGAGUUCUUUUCUUAAUGCAUUUAAUAUUUCUUUUCCGCUAUUGUCCAUUCUUGCCUCAUUAUAGAAUGAACCUUUUUGUGUUUCAGGAUGAGCAACUGGUGAAUCACAUUGUGGAAAAUGACCUUUGAGGCUGGUUGUCCUUUCUUUUGUGGAUAAUAGAAGUUGAUAGAAUCUGUUGAACUCUGCUGUUCUUGCUUCUCAGUGGCUAAGGAAAGAAUUGAGUGGGUGACCCUGGCUGAUGAAAUCUGAAAUGUUCUCAGCAUCUCUGUCUUCAAAUUGGAUGAGAUUGGCAUGGGUUUAUCUUUGCUGAAAAUAUAUUUGUCUAUUAAGAACUGUAACCUUAAAUCAUUUCUUUACUACUUAUAUGUGUUGUGUGCAGGUAAAUCUGAAGAUUAUAUUGAAAUAUUUGAUAAAAUCUUACUGGGAACAAUUGGUCAAUUUUGACCUUUUGCCUUCAAUUUGUUUGCUAAAGGUGGAUACAAACAGAUUACAUCUCUCUAGAAGGUGGGGAAUUCUAGAGAUACAAACAGAUACAAAUAGAAUUCUGCAUGUGGGGAAUUCCGUCUUAUCUCAUCAUGAGAGUGGUGGGUUAAGAAGCAAUGUUAACGUGUCAGACCCUAGAAAAUGGAUAGAUGAACAUGCCCUUGAAAAAAGAGGAGGAAGAUUAUUUCGACGAUAACAUGUUUGCAAGUUUGUUUGAAAUGUUGCAUUUAGAGAAUGUUACUUAUAACUUUGUCUUAGUAAAUAACGUUCUAACAGUUUUGAAUUUGGAACAGUGAUGAAGAAGAUUCAACAUCAACACCCAUGCCAAGGACUAAUAAAGGACACUCUUGUCUUAUGCGUAAUGUUUGUAUGUUGGAAUCUUCAGAUGUUGACGACACACUUUGUAUCUACGGAAGUAACGAAGAACAUUACUAGUAACAGAUCUGAGUUCAUCUUUUUCCCCAAAGUUAACCCUUUCCGAAGCCCUUUUCUUUUAUCUAUAUGAAACAUUAAAUUUGGCACUCUUACUGUGUCUUUUUGAAGAGUAUAUGAUAACAAAGCUUGGCGUAAAUGAGGAGGAUGUCAAGGAGUCGUAUUUACAUCUAUACAAGUGCUGCCUAACGGUUUUGCUUGCUUCUGCUUCAAACUACCCAUCUAUGAGGACUUGUGGACUUGUUGAUUAUGAUGACGAUGAUGAGUUCAAUCCUCCUCCAAGAGAAAACUUGGACAAAUCUACUGAAGAUGAUGAGGAAAUUGCUGAAUCAUUCCUGUUGAAACGAAAGUUGGCCUCUAAAGAUGAGCCUGAACGUAAAAAAUUGUGUUGGCAGCCCAAACUGUCAAAGCCGAAUGAAUUGUAUUUGCUGCAUUGUGCUCAACCCUAAGUCAGGCCAUCUUACUGGGCAAGAAAACUAGCUUCGGAGUUGAAGUAUUAGAACUUUAGUAAAAUCCAUGUAAGUUUUCGUAAUUAGUGAGAAUUGUUCAUAGUAUCUUGAUUUUGUUGUUUGGCUACUUAGAUAUUUUGAGAAUAUGUUUUGGAUCUAAUUUUCAUUGAAUUGUG